AACUGGCCCAAUUUGUGGCAGGAACAGCCCUCAUACGAUACCGGUUUAUUUUGUGUCAUCACUAUCAAACCGACCGCCAAUUCAAACGGGAGGAUUUCGCCGGGACCUUAGUCAAGACAAGAAAGUGGACCUCUUCACGAACAGUAGAAGGUAUCUCUGAAGGGAUUUUCGUGGCACUGAAACUUGUCUAAAUUGACUAACGUUACAUUCUAAUCCACCUCAUUUCUCAGCUGUAGCUAACGUUAGUAGCUAACGCUAGUAAACCAACUGAGUUAGCAGAUAAUAAGUCAACCGUUUUGGACUAAACAGGCAUAACAGUGGAAUAAGAAAGUUAAAUUGCAAAGUCUACAACAUUUUACUGUUUAGUCUGUAGCUACUACUUUAGCAAUCCUUAACAAUUUGGGGUUAUAACGCACGUGACAUGGUGGCUAAAAUAGACAGCUAGCAAAGCUACCACACGUCACCACACUUCGAUAUUGUAAAAUAUCGUCAUUGAUCGUAGUAGUUUGACAUUAUUGGUUCCAUCCGUAUGAUGCACCAGCAAGGGACUUUUGUGUCACCCUUGCUCAGCGGGGUCUUUUGUCAAUGCCGAACAGAGGAGGCCCACAUGGGUUCUGACCCCGGUGGAGGGCUCGAGGGUGCUGGGGGCGCAUCCUCAUCAUCUUUCACAUCCUCACCUCUAACUCGGGAGCGUCCGUUGUCAGUAGAGAUCACAGGUUCCUGUGAUGACUCCUGUGAGCCAUCAUACCCAUGCGAACUUUGUGGUGGACCCGAGCAGGACCAUAGACUGAAAGUGCUGUUUCAAGUCCUGGACGUGAAUGGUGAUGGGGGCAUCUGCGUCAACGACCUGUCCAUUGGGCUCAAGAAACUGGGGGUUCAUCGCACUGAGCUCGAGCUUAUGAAAAUAGUGAAAGCGGGAGACAAGGACCUGGACGGCCAGCUGGACUUUGAGGAGUUUGUCCACUACCUGAGAGACCACGAGAAGAAGCUUCGGCUGGUCUUCAAGAGCCUGGACAAGAAGAACGAUGGUCACAUUGACUCGCAGGAAAUCAUGCAGUCCCUUCGAGACCUGGGGGUUAACAUCUCUGAGCAGCAGGCUGAGAAGAUCCUCAAAAGAAUAAGGAAGGGCCUUGUCUGGGCCCCUAUCAUGUACAUGGACAAGAACGGCACGAUGACCAUCGACUGGAACGAGUGGAGAGACUACCACCUGCUGCACCCUGCUGAUAACAUUCCUGAGAUCAUCCUGUACUGGAAACACUCUACGAUCUUCGAUGUUGGGGAGAGUCUGAUGGUCCCAGAUGAGUUCACCGCCGAGGAGAAGAAGACUGGGAUGUGGUGGCGACACCUAGUGGCUGGAGGGGCAGCCGGCGCCGUGUCUCGAACCUGCACAGCACCUCUGGACCGGCUCAAAGUGCUCAUGCAGGUUCACGCCACCCGUACCAACAGCAUGUGCAUCGCCGGCGGCUUCACCCACAUGAUCCGUGAGGGUGGCAUGAGGUCGCUAUGGCGAGGCAAUGGCAUGAACGUCAUCAAGAUUGCCCCCGAGUCGGCCAUCAAGUUCAUGGCUUACGAGCAGAUCAAACGGUUGAUAGGCAGCAACCAGGAGACCCUGGGCAUCCUGGAGAGGUUUGUGGCUGGAUCCCUGGCUGGAGCCAUCGCUCAGAGCAGCAUCUACCCCAUGGAGGUGUUAAAGACCCGCCUAGCCCUGAGGAAGACAGGACAGUUCUCUGGCAUCGCUGACUGCGCCAAACACAUCUUCCGGAAGGAGGGCAUGGCCGCCUUCUACAAGGGCUACAUUCCCAACUUGAUAGGCAUCAUCCCCUACGCUGGCAUUGACCUGGCCGUCUACGAGACUCUGAAGAACUCGUGGCUGCAGCGCUACGCCACAGACAGUGCAGACCCAGGGGUGUUUGUCCUUUUAGCCUGCGGUACCACUUCCAGCACCUGUGGCCAGCUGGCUAGCUACCCCCUGGCCCUGGUCAGGACCCGCAUGCAGGCACAAGCCACCAUCGAGGGCGGUCCCCAGAUGACCAUGUCAGGGCUGUUUAAACACAUCGUGAAGACUGAGGGUGUGUUCGGACUCUACCGGGGCCUGGCCCCCAACUUCAUGAAGGUCAUUCCAGCAGUCAGCAUUAGCUACGUGGUCUACGAGAACCUCAAGAUAAGCUUGGGGGUCGUGUCUCGGUGAGGACCAGGAGGAAAGGGAGGGAGCACCUCCCCUAAAAGCCAAAGGGUUAUUUUUUGCUUUUCUUUUUGGAGAGAAAAAGAGGAGAGCGAGGAGUAGGAGACUGAGUGGGAAGAGUUACCAAGCAGCGGAGCAGGUGACUCGGAAAGAAGGGGUUGUUGCUGGGAUUGUUGGAAACGUUGUCUCAUUCUGUGAAUGUUAUGAGGACAGGUGGGUCGAGGUGAAUGGAAGGGGGAGAUAUAUACUACAACACUAACAACUAAAACGGGGUUCUCCAACCCUGUUCCUGGAGAGCUACCUCCAGGAGGGUAGCUCCAACCCCCCCACCAGGAACAGGGUUGGAGAACUUUAGACUAAAAGAAGUGAUGGACAGAUGUGGACAGACACUGUGACUUGGAGGGAGGUAUGGGGAUCCUCUCUCAUAGAUGUAACCUUUAAUCAUCAUUAUUUAAUGUGUUAUUUUGUCAUCCAGGUUAACUAAAAAGCAAUCUCUUCACUGGAACACCAACAUUCUCCAACCAGCUUGAAGUUUGCUAAUAAUAAUGUAUUUAGGGACCAAGAAGCUGCUUUUGUUCGUGACUGUUGCAUUGUGGCGGCUGUUGUAUGUUUGUGGGAACUGGGGACUGACAAAAUCAACUGGGGGAGCACAUAUCAAGUAAAUGUUUGACCCUUCGUCCCAUAUUACUAUCCUAUAGGUGGCAGUAUUGGUUAACCUAUCUGGCUUGUGAAAGACAACCAAAGCCUAAUUCACAAAAAGGGCUUUUUUGAUUGUCAUCUAAAAGGUUCUUAUGUAUUAUCUGUCCCCCUUUAACGCAGCACUCCCCAAUUCUGCAACUAUUAGGGCACUAGCUGUGGCAAAUUUGUCUCGAGGGAGAAAAACCUCAACUCAGAAUUUUGGUUGAACUGAUUAAUUCAUGUAUUGUUUUGCCCCAUUCAAAAGAAAUCCAAACUGUGGUUUUCCUUUUUCUCAUUGUUUGACUUGAUAAGAAUGUUAAACUGAUUUGAACUGAAAAGGCGAUGCAGGUUGAAUGCCCAUAGUGUCUUAUUGUCCACUUAGUCUUAAAACAGCUGGUAAGAAGAUGUGUGUGUCUUGAUGCUAAUUUAUUUUCGUAUUAUAACCAGAUAUUUAUUUAAAUGUGGUCCGUACAGACAGCACUCAAAUAAUAGAUGCUGCUAGCAUAUAAGUUUAGUUACAAUACUAUAACAACAUAUUCAGCAACUGUUUAUAUAUUGUAUUUAGCAAUUAUGAUGCAACACACUGAUUAGCCUACCUAUUGAUCAAGGUUUGGGGUGUUACGUUGUCACUACCUGUUUAACAUUUCGGACAGGAAGUCCUGAUUUGACAUUUGUUCCUUCGGACCUUCUCUGCAUCUGAAGUCUACAGUCUGUAAAUGUGUGAAUUUCCAGGGUGCAGGAUAUUCCAUGUCCCUUUUCAAUAAGUCUGUGAGGGCGUAGUGGCGUAGUGCGGCCUUAGUCAAAGUGCAUUACACUGGGAGACACCGCAUCAGCAAGUGUGGGAGUGCUCUGUCCCCAGUGCUGCAGAAUGGAGAAAAAUAUCUGCAAUGGGACAGGGCAAUGGUCUGUGUGAAUGAGGACCUGUGUGCAUGAGGUCUCUCGUUUUGCUCCAUUACAUUUAAACUGCAAUGAGCAAACACUUCCACCACCAAGCUUCCUCUCACUACAAUUAAACAAGAAACACUUAAUAAUGCACUUUAAGGUAAUUUUCUUUAACUUCAACCAGACUUGAAUCUUUUUUUUUUACACAAAUCAAAUGAGUGAUCGCUAGCAUUGCAUUGUGAUGCUUUUUAUCAUACAUUUGACUGAAAUGAUUAAUAUUAAAGGCCCAGUGCAGUCAAAAACAAGAUAUUCUUGUAUUUUAUAUGUAUAUUUCCACACUGACGUUGGAAUAAUACUGUGAAAUUGUGAAAAUUAUAAUGCCCUUUUAGUAUAAGAGCUGUUUGAAAAGACUGCCUGAAAUUACAGCUUGUUUUUUGGGGAUGGAAUUUGGCCUUCCAUGGUGACAUCACCAUGCGGUAAAUUAGUUAAUAGACCAAUAAAGAGUUCCAAACCUUUCUGCCCAUAACAGCACAUGUUCUGUUUUCCCCUCCUAACUCAGACCAUUCCCAGACAGUCCUAGCAAAAUUCUUGCUUGAGAAAUUGCUUUUUGAUAAGAAGCUAUUUUUGUAUAUUUUUGAUCAUUUUAAUUGAAAACAAUCCCAGUAAGGUACUUAAUUGUUACCCAGAAAUGAUUUGAUAUUGAGAUAAAAAUGGCUGCAUUGGACCUUUUAAUUGUUAUAUGGAGCAUGAAUCGAGGCUGAUAUGUUAUUUGUUGUAAGGCUUAAUGUCUCAAAAGCUGUUUGUCCUGUAUGCUGAAGGCCUUAUUUUACCUGAGAUCCAUGAAUCGACUUUUUGAUUCAUGUACUCAGUUUCCAGAGGAUGGAGAGAGAAAUUGGUCUAAGUAAUUUAUUUUGUUCCAUCCUCAGGGAGAAUUUAGUAGUUCUGAAAAACACAUUUUUCUCGUAAUUCCCCCUGUCAAUGUUUCCCAGUGUUCACUAGGCAGUGUCAGUUUCCCUAGUCUUCACUGUCCCCUCACUGCAUGUAUUUAUAAAGGGGAACUUAUAUGCAUAAACAUGAUGACACAUGGUUGUCAUUAUUUGGCUAAAGGCUUUUUCUGCUUGGCACAGCUCCACAAAAAUAAGUUUAUCUUUUACAGUUUUGCUUUAGUGCAAAUAUCAGAGCCUGAAUCCAUAUGUUCUGUCCACAAGAGGAUGGAAAAGGCUGAGUCUGUAGUAUUGUACUCCAACUAAGGAUACCACUCCAUACUGCCUGAAAUGUAGCGCUUUCUCUUGCAUUGACGAGCAGGCAAUCAGACUCGUCGCUUUUGUAAACUUGAAAUGCACUGCACAUGGUCCCCCUGUUUAUUGCUUUAGGCUGAAAUGUAUAGUAUCUAUAUAUUAGUCUUUUAGAUGGUCUCUUUUGAAUCAAACAGACUAAAUACAGACUAAAUCCUGAAUAUGUUUAGAAAAGUAUUGAAAACAAUUGUCCUUUUGUAGAAGAAUGCAUCUUUGUUGAAGGAAUGUAAAGCUAAAUGUAUUCAUGCUUAUGUUUUAAAGUAACUCAAUAUUA